CUGAGAAAUGCGGAAGUGAGCUGAGAUCCAUCCGCCAGAUAAUGUGAGUUAUAAAUGUUUUUCUGCGGGACUCUCCGCGGCCAGCCGCCCGUCUGAAGCACGAGCCGCCCGCGGUGAGGAAGAUGAUGAUGAAGAUGAUGAUGAUGAUGAAGACAGAGGAACCUGGGAAGUAGUGCGGCGGAAUGAGUUUUACACACGGCUGUUGUUUUCUCAAGACCGACUUCAACAUGUUUUUCAAGACCGCCGAGGAGGACAUGGAGCUGCGGGACUGGCAGAGGGACCGGGGCACCGGGGAGCCGCUGCUUCCCGUCCUGGCGACUCAGAGGACGUUUGACUACGUCCUGGUGUCCAGCAAGCUGGACGAGGAGGUGGACUCCCAGAAGGCCGAGCGGCAGAGAGCGUUCCUGCAGCAGCUGCAGAAGAAGAAGAUCCGCGUCACCAAAAUCGUUCACGACGACAAGGUGUUCUUCGGCCUGCGAGCGCCCACCGAGCUGUUCGAGCAGUACAAGUACCUGCUGAGGGUGUCCGACUCCUGCAACUGGAGCGAAGACGCGAACGGCUGCAUUCCCCAGGCCACCCGGAUCCGGGUCGUCCACUUCAUCCUCCAUCAGACCUUCAUCGGCACGGGAGAGGACCUGAAGGAGCUGCUGGACAAGGAUGUGUUUGAGACCAUGUUUGCCCUCCACGAGAGGAAGAAACAGAAGGAGCUGAAGAAGGACUGGGCUCGAUGGUCGGCGCUGUGUAAGGGCCAGCCUGUCAGCGAUGUCAGGUGUUACUUCGGGGAGAAGGUGGCGCUGUACUUCCUGUGGCUGGGCUGGUACACCAAGCUGCUGGUGCCGGCCGCCUCCCUGGGCGUCGUGGUCUUCCUGUACGGCAUCGCCUUCUUCAACACCAACCCCCUCAUUAAGGAGGUGUGUGAGUCGUCCAUCAUCAUGUGUCCCAGGUGUGAUAAGAGGGAGUGCACAGUGUGGAAGCUGUCUGACACCUGCACCUACGCCAAGGUCACACACCUGUUUGACAAUGAGGGCACGGUGGCGUUCGCCAUGUUCAUGGCGGUCUGGGCCACUCUGUUCCUGGAGCUGUGGAAGAGGCACCGAGCCCGACACGUGUCUGAGUGGAAGGUGUUCGACUGGUGUGAAGACGAGGAGGAGCUGAUCCUGGAGAUCAUCAACGAUCCAGACUGUCAGCCCAAAAAGUUCAGACACUCGUACCUGCGCAGCACCGUGGUCCUCGUCCUGGUAACACUCAUGCUGAUGCUGAUCAUCGGCCUGGCUCAGGCCCUGGUGGUGUUCCGGGUGGUGGCGGCGCCGCUGCUGUCCGAGGGCAGCUGGGAGUUCAUCAGGGAUCACGCCAACAUGGUGGCCAUGAUGCUGGGCGCUGUGCUGCACUACAUAACCAUCCAGAUCAUGACCCGGGUGAACAGGUGGGUCGCCUUCAGGCUGUGUGAGAUAGAGAAGAUUCGCUCGCUCGCUGCCGCAGAGCGAAGCUUCACAGUGAAGAUGUUCACCUUCCAGUUCUUCACCCUCUUCUCCUCGCUCUUCUAUGUGGCUUUCUUCCUGGGCAGGAUCAACGGCUAUCCAGGCAACUACGUGCGGAUAGCAGGCAGGUGGAGGCUGGAGGAGUGUCAUCCCAGCGGCUGUUUGACCGACCUGUUCAUCCAGAUGGCCGUCAUCAUGCUGCUCAAGCAAAUACUCAACAACAUCUUUGAAUUCACUGUGCCCUGGCUGAAGAGCUUCUGCCGGAGGAACACCGCCAAGAAGCUGGAGAGGAAGUGUGGCCGCUGCUACAGGAAGGCCUGCCGUGAUGAAACUGGAACUGUGGAACCAUGUGAAGUCUGCAAACUCCGUGAUUGGCUGCGCAACUACCACCUGGCCGACAUCAACGCCUUCAGCCUCUUCAACGAGUUCCUGGAGAUGGUGAUCCAGUUCAGCUUCACCACCAUCUUCGUAGCGGCGUUCCCGCUGGCUCCCCUGCUCGCUCUGAUCAACAACAUCUUUGAGAUCCGCCUGGAUGCCAUCAAGAUGGUCAGCUUGGAGCGGCGGCUCGUUCCCAGGAAAACCAAUGACAUCGGGAUCUGGACGAACGUUUUGGAGGCCAUCGGCGUGCUGGCAGUGAUCGCCAACGGCCUGGUGAUCGGAGUCUCAUCCGACUUCAUCCCUCGCCUCGUCUACCGCUAUGGCUACGGACCGUGUGCCAACGGAAACAUGUCCACACACUGCAUGCAGGGCUACAUCAACAACACUCUGUCCACGGCCUACAUGUCAGACCCGAUGGUGCAGAAGGCCUUCCGGCCCGAUCAGCUGAUCACAGAGAACGGCGUCAACGUCACUCAGUGCAGCUAUAAGGAUUACCGGAGCGAUGAGGACAACAGUCUGACAUCUCAGUUCUGGCUGGUUUUGGCCGUUCGAUUCGCCUUCGUCAUCCUGUUUGAGCAUGUGGUGGUGAUGUGUAAGUUCGUGGCGGCCUGGUUCGUGCCCAGCAGUCCGAUGCGGGUGAAGAACGUGCGGCUGCAGGACCAGCUGGCCCGGCUGAAGGACGAGCUGCGUGGGAUGAAGCGCGACAGCAAAUCAACAGAGGUCUAGCGCCGCUGCUCCUCUCAGGCCAUCUCUUUAAACCACAGGGAAGCGAUGGACGGACUCUGGCCUCCACAGCUGGACGUCCUGCUGAAACAGGACGGCACGCAGGGAGGGACAAAUUCAAAACUGGACCAAAACUGAACAGGAAAAGAGACUCAGGAGACUCAGGAGGCGGAGGAGAGCUGGGUGUGGGUCCUGCAGAGGGUUUAGUCUCUGACUCGUCGUCCAGACCUGCAUCACCGAGCUUCAGGUGUUUUAUCCUGGACGACAGAAAAUCUCUGAUUUAUUAUUAGACGACAUUUUUCCAUGAGCUCACUGCUGUAACCAGUAAAAAUAAAAAAAUAUAUAUUGUUAAAGGUGCACUACGCAAAAUUACUGAGGGUCAAUUUAAGCGAGGACUGUGUGGACCAAGCUGACAAAAAAAAUGAAAUAAACACAAUUUGAUGGUUGAGUCUACAUAGUUCUCAUCAUUGACCCGACUCACUAAUAGAUUACUUGCUUACUGUAUGCCAUGUUUUUUUUUUUGUUUGUUUGUUUGUUUUUUGUUUUUUUUGGUCAGUUGAGUCUAAUUCCAUUGACCUCCACAGUAGAACAGCUCCCAAAGCACAUAAACCAACGGAAACAAACACAACAAGUCCCGGUUCCCACUUUUCUUUAGGAAAUUAAAACGCUAUUUUCAUUUUAUUUUCCUGUUGUUUUUUUUGUUUUUUUUUUUUUUUUGAGAUUGGAAAGUAGAUCCGGCAGGUUUUGUGUGCAGGAAACUACCACAAUGUAACCUUGAGCCAAGAAGAAAUAACCGGAUAGUACUUUGGCAAAUAAUUGUAAUUACAUGGGGGAAAAAAGUGGGGACGGGGACUUGUUGUUGUUUAUGUUGUAAUAAUCCGGUGUGUUGGUGUUGGUUUCUGUGCUAAAAGUGUAAUUUUACUUUAGGAGCUGUUUUGCUGUGGAAGUGAAUGGAGGGACACAAACCCAGUGCUGUGGAUCACUGUGGACACCACCACAGCGGCACAUUUGCUUUAAAUCAGCCGUGGACAGUUUUGCGUAGUGCACCUUUAAACGGGUGUGUGCUGUGAUACAGAGAAUCAGCUCAUGACGUGGAAAAGUCAUUUUUCCUAGUUGUCAAAACAGAAAAAGGGAAGCCUCUGCUCCGGCGUGAUAACCACCAGUUUGCAGUGCGGAGUCAGCGUGUGCCUCCGUGUGGUCGUCUGCAAAACAUCAGGACUUAAAAGAAAAAAAAAAAAAAAAAAAGCUUUUCCAGUUGUGUAAAAAUGCUCC